AUGUCAGAUCCAGAACACCACGAUCAUUCUUCGGUGGAUGUAUGGGAGGACGAAGGCGGUGCUAAUGACGAUGUCUGGGGAAAUGACGACGAUGUUUCCUAUGACCGUGCGAUCGCCCAAAGGGAAUGGAACCGACUCCACGAGAACUUUGGAAACACGGGGUAUAGGGAGGGGAUUGAGGAAGGGAAGGAAGGGACGCUCCAGCAGGGGUUUAAUCAGGGUUGGUCAGAGGGUGUUCAGUAUGGCCAUGAGUUGGGAAGACUGCGAGGCUUGAUCAGCCCAUUGCUGGAGUAUAUCCGCUCAUCACCAACAGCACAAUUGAGCCAGAUUGAGGACAAGGAGGAGUGGAUCACAAGAGCGGCGCAGGUGGUUAAGGAGUUGGUUGAGCUGGAUAUCGCAAAGGUGUUUGAUAAAGCCUACUUUGACGACGGACGUGGAUCAUCAUCGUCGCCUGAUUCUAACAACAAGGAGAAGAAGAAGGGCGAUGGUGGUUGUUGUGGAGGAAGUGCCGAAGGAUCAGGAGGAUCGUCGUGUUGUCAAAAUAAGGAUGUGGAUGUGGAUGCAGGAUCUGAAGCAGAGCCAGCUGCUGCAGGGUCAUCUAUGCCCUCCACGGGUUGCUGCGGAGGCAAAGGAGGCAAAGGAGGCGAAGGGUCAUGCCAAUCAAACAAGAGCAACUCGUGCAAGUCAGAAAAGAAGGACGACGAGGAAACUGUGGAGAUUGAAUGGUCGUCAAAGCCUGAACAGGUCGUCAACGAGUACCGAUCCAGAAUCCGCGCUCUGCUGCUUGAAGCCAACAUGGAGGCCCUGAGCCACACCGUUUGA